ACUCUACUUGCCCACGAUUCAAAAGAAGAAGAAAAUAUAUAUAUAUAUAAUGUCUCCCCCAUUCUCCCUUCCUUCUAUCGUUCCCCUCCUCCAUAUCUGUUCAAUCUAUCCGGUCUUCACAUCGCCAAUUCCUCACUCUCCAUAACACCUCUCUCUAAUUCCCCACCACCCGAAAGACAGAAAGAAAAGAAAAAUGCACUUCAACACCACCCUCUCCUCCCUCCUCCUCCUCCCCCUCCUCUCCCUCGCAUCCCCAAACUCCACAUCCCCCGCAACAAAACCCCUAACACGCCACGUAAUCUCAGCCGCGCAAGCGCAAACCGUCAUCGCCUCAGCCCUCUCGCAAGCCGCGAAGCUAUCGGUGCAGCAAAACAUCGCCGUCGUCGACCCAUCGGGGCUGCUAGUUGCUUUCCAGCGCAUGGACAACGCGUAUAUCGGCAGCAUCGACAUCAGCAUGAAGAAAGCGCGCACAUCGGUCCUGUUCAACGGCGGGCCGAGCGCCGCGUACUACGAUGCCGUGCAGCCUGGCGGGGAUUUGUUUGGAGUGGAUAGGACGAAUGGCGGGUUGGUUGUUUUUGGGGGCGGGCUUCCGGUGUACGUUGAUGGCGAGCUCGUUGGAGGGGUUGGUGUUAGUGGUGGGACGGUUGAAGAAGAUGUUUCUGUUGUGACGGCUGCGGUGGAGGGAUUGCAGGGCAAGGAGCAAUAUUGA